AUGGAUUUGCUUCCGGUGGAGUCGCCGCAGAUCCUGAGCAGGAGCAAACGGCGGUUCCGCUCGCUCAAGCUCGUCACCGUCAAUGACGACGACGUUCUGUCCGAGACGCCGUACGGCGUCAACUACGGUCGUCUCAGUAAUGGUCUCACUUACUAUGUGCGCUCAAACUCCAAGCCCAAGAUGAGAGCUGCUCUCGCUCUCGCUGUUAAAGUUGGUUCAGUUUUAGAGGAGGAGGAAGAGCGUGGAGUUGCUCAUAUAGUUGAGCAUCUAGCUUUCAGUGCCACCAAGAAAUAUACGAACCAUGAUAUUGUCAAAUUUCUUGAAAGUAUUGGGGCUGAAUUUGGUGCCUGCCAAAAUGCUGUUACAUCAGCAGAUGAGACUGUUUAUGAGUUAUUUGUUCCUGUUGACAAGCCUGAACUACUAUCUCAGUCAUUAUCGGUCUUGGCAGAAUUCAGUUCUGAGGUUCGUGUAUCAGCAGACGAUUUAGAGAAGGAAAGGGGAGCUGUGCUUGAAGAGUAUAGGGGAAGUAGAAAUGCAAAUGGAAGAAUGCAGGACGCUCACUGGGUUCUCAUGAUGGAGGGUUCUAAAUAUGCUGAGCGUUUACCCAUCGGACUUGAAAAGGUGAUUCGUAUAGUUACCCCUGAGACUGUUAAGCAGUUCUACAAUAAGUGGUACUAUAUGCAAAAUAUGGCUUUGAUUGCUGUUGGAGAUUUUCCUGAUACAGAGAGUGUUGUUGAGUUGAUAAAAACCCACUUUGAAGAUAAAACUCCGGUACUUGAUCCUCCUCUCAUCCCGCAGUUUCCGGUCCCAGCACAUGAGGAGCCACGUUUUUCAAGUUUUGUGGAAUCUGAAGCAGCUGGGUCAGCAGUGAUGAUCAGUUGCAAGGUUCCAGUGGUUGAGCUAAAAACUGUGAAGGAUUACAGGAAUCUACUCGCCGAGUCCAUGUUUUUUCAUGCUCUGAACCAGAGAUUCUUUAAGUUGUCUCGUAAGAAUAAUCCACCUUAUUUUUCAUGCUCCGCGGCUGCUGAUGUACUUGUUCGUCCAAUUAAAGCCUAUAUAAUGACUUCAUCCUGUAAGCAACAUGGGACUACUGAAGCACUAGAAUCGAUGCUGAUUGAGGUUGCUAGGGUUCGCGUGCACGGAUUUUCUGAGCGUGAAAUAUCUGUCGCACGUGCUCUUUUAAUGUCGGAGAUUGAAUCUGCCUAUCUGGAGCGAGAUCAAAUGCAAUCAAGCAACUUACGAGAUGAAUAUAUACAGCAUUUUCUCCGGAAUGAACCUGUUAUUGGGAUUGAAUAUGAAGCACAACUUCAUAAAACCCUUCUUCCCCAUAUAUCAGCCUCUGAGGUGUCUAGUUAUUCAGAAAAUUUCCGCACAUCUUAUAGUUGCGUAAUAAAAACAAUUGAGCCUCAAGCAGCUGCAACAGUGGAUGAUCUGAGAAAUGUUGUUUUAAGGGUCAAUUCUUUCGAAGAUGGAGGAAGCAUUUCUCCCUGGGAUGACGAAAAAAUUCCAGAAGAAAUUGUUAGUCUAGAGCCAAAUCCUGGUCAUGUGGUGGAGCAGCAUGAAUACACCAGCAUUGGUGCAACUGAAAUGAUUCUGUCAAAUGGCAUGCGUGUUUGCUAUAAAUGCACAGACUUUUUUGAGGACCAGGUUUCAUUCACAGGUUUCUCAUAUGGAGGCUUAUCCGAACUCGAAGAAUCUGAAUAUCUCUCAUGUUCAAUGGGUUCCACUAUUGCUGGUGAAAUUGGAGUUUUUGGUCAUAGACCUUCUGUUCUGUCAGAUAUGCUUGCUGGUAAAAGAGCUGAAGUAGGCACAAGCUUAGGAGCAUAUAUGCGAAGCUUUUCUGGCGAUUGCUCUCCUUCGGACUUGGAAACUGCAUUGCAGUUGGUCUAUCAACUCUUCGUGACGAAUCUACAACCUGGAGAAGAAGACGUGAAAAUAGUCAUGCAAAUGUCGGAGGAAUCUAUUCGUGCUCAAGAGAGAGAUCCUUAUACUGCAUUUGCUAACCGUGUGAGGGAGAUCAACUAUGGAAAUUCCUACUUCUUUAGGCCAAUUAAAAUUAGUGACAUACGGAAAGUUAAUCCCUUCAGAGCUUGUGAGUAUUUUAACAAUUGCUUUAAGGAUCCGUCAACUUUUACUGUGGUCGUCGUUGGUAAUAUUGAUCCUGCCACUGCUUGCCCUCUGAUACUGAAGUAUUUGGGUGGGAUCCCAAGACCUCCGAAGCCAAUCCUGAAUUUCAAACGUGACGAACUCAAAGGCUUACCAUUUACUUUUCCGUCCACUGUAAUUAGAGAAAUUGUGAGGAGCCCCAUGGUGCAAGCUCAGUGUUCGGUCCAAUUAUGCUUUCCGGUUGAGCUUAAGAAUGAAAAUAUGAUGGAAGAUGUUCACUUGACAGGAUUAGUAAGCAAACUUCUGGAAACAAAGAUAGUACAAGUCCUCCGCUUUAAGCAUGGACAGAUUUACUCGGCUGGAGUUUCUGUGUUCCUUGGAGGUAAUAGACCGUCAAGAGUCGGUAACAUACGUGGCGACAUAAGCAUUAAUUUUUCUUGUGAUCCUGAAAUUUCAUCUACGCUGGUCAAUUUUGCCUUGGAUGAGAUCUUGCGUCUUCAAGAGGAAGGACCAUCGGACGAUGAUGUUUCUACCAUUCUUGAAAUUGAGCAAAGGGCCCAUGAAAAUGGAUUGCAGGAGAACUAUUAUUGGUUAGAGAGGAUUUUGCGUAGCUACCAGUCGAGAAUUUAUUCUGGUGAUGUUGGCACUUCUUUCCAGAUUCAAGACGAGGGGCGUACCAGAGUGAGAAGUUCCUUGACACCGUUAACUGCCCAAUCAGCACUACGGAGAAUUAUACCCUUUCCUUGCAAAAAGCAGUACACUGUCGUGAUUCUAAUGCCUCAAUCAUCCCGUUUCAAGAGACUUGAAUUAUUCAUCAACUCCAGAGAAGCUAAGAUUAUGGUUGGUGUUGCUGGCUUUGCAGUUAUGGUACUUAGUCUGUGGAGAUACAGUAAACAAAGAUAA